AUGAUCCUUCAGUUGGUACUUCUCCUUCAAGUCGCUCUUGGCUUCAGCCAAGAAAUCGGUUCACUGCGGAUUAUGAAUGGCACUAAGGCCAAGUUGACCCAGUUUCCCUAUCAAGUGGGGCUGCUAUCCUUUUUUCAGGAUCACAUGGAUGAACCUAAUCUCUGUGGAGGAGCUAUCCUCAACGAGUUUUUUAUAUUGACAGCUGCACAUUGCCUGCAGGAUCCGAAGUCGAAGCUCUCCAAGGUCAUAGUCCAAGUGGGCAGUUUGUAUGCUCCUGGGGAUGAGAAGGCCAUCACAGUUGAACCCAUCAACACCCGUGUCCAUAAGAAUUUCAAUCGCAAGACUGUGGAAAACGAUCUAGGGCUGAUCAAGUUGCCCAGGAUGAUCAAGUUUAAUUGGUUGAGACAACCCGUCAAGUUGCCUAAGAACCCGUUAAGGAAGUUUACAGGUCGCCAGGCCGUCGUGGCUGGCUGGGGUCUAACCACUAAGAAGGAGCCCAGCAGUGUCCUUCAGUACCUCAAUGUGACCAUCAUUUCGAAUAGUGAAUGCCAGAGGCAGUGGACCAAACAGCUCAAUGGCACAGGAAAGAGGAAAGAUAUCUACAGUUCCUUUAUGUGCAUUGAUUCCAAGGAGGGUCUGCCAUGUCAAGGAGAUUCCGGUGGUCCUCUGGUUCUGGCUGAUGGCUCUAGAACCUUGGUGGGAGUUGUGUCGCAUGGCUAUGACUGGGCUUGCAAGAUAAAAGUGCCAGAUGUUUCCACAAGAGUUUCACAAUUUGUAAAGUGGAUAGAGAUCAACAUGCUAAGCAUGUAGAAGCUUGGAGAAAUAAAGUUUUACCCAGGAUAUCUUUUCAAA